UUUUUCCACUAUUUCAUGCGCGGCUAUACACAGGCGUACUCUAUACAGGAACUGCCACGUGUAGAUCUGAUGACUUCCUGCAGAUUACUCGUAUGUUCAUGUUCUUAUCACCCUAACGAUAUCUUGCAUGUUGUAUUCCCCUUUCAUUUGUUUAUCGAUCGGUCAGUCAGUGGUGUCCUUGAAGGGAAGGGAACCUGUUGCUUCUGCUUGUAUGGUCCACGCUGGGCUUUGGGUCGCGAAAAGAAGUCAGCAUCCCUGGGUAAGGCGGAGGAGGGGAAGAGUGGCAAGCUCACCAUGAAUCAAAGCUCCAACACCAGAUCUAUUUCAGACCUUGUUCAGGCGAGAGCCAGAAAAUUCUUCAGCAAAAAGACACUGCACCAGCGAUUGCCCAUCACCCAAUGGCUACCCAAGUACAACCUGGAGUCUCUGGAGGGGGACAUGGUGGCCGGCCUGACGGUGGGCCUGACAGUCAUCCCGCAGGGUAUUGCCUAUGCCCUGGUGGCUGGCCUUUCACCUAACUAUGGGCUGUACUCUGCCUUCAUGGGCUGUUUCGUGUACAUGUUCCUGGGUAGCUGCAAGGACAUCACCAUUGGACCUACUGCCAUCAUGUCCAUCAUGACCCAUGAGUACUCUGUUGAGAAGAACCCAGACUAUGCUAUCCUUCUGUGCUUCCUAAGUGGUCUCAUCAUCUUUGCUGCUGGUCUUUGUAAUCUAGGAUUCCUCAUCACUUUCAUAUCCAAGCCAGUCAUAGCAGGCUUCACCUCAGCUGCUGCUAUCUCCAUUGCUGCCUCUCAGCUUAAGGGACUGUUUGGCCUGUCAUACCAGAGUGAAUCAGUAAUAGAAGCUUUCAGCAAGCUAUUCGAGAACAUUGGAGAUACCAGGUGGCAAGAUUUGGUCCUUGGAAUAUGUUCCAUGGUUGUCUUACUCUUGAUGAGGAAACUGAAAGACCUGAAGAUUGUCAAGGUCCAGCCAGGUGACAGCACUUCUGUGAGAAUUGGUAAGAAGAUUCUAUUCCUCACCUCUGUGGGGCGCAAUGCCAUUGUUGUCAUUGUGGCUGGCAUCAUUGCCUUUGCUGUCAAUAGAGAUACCUUCACUCUAACAGGGGAUAUUGAGGCUGGCUUGCCAGCAUUCAAGGCACCUCCAUUCUCCACCUGGGAUAAUGGGACAGAGGUUUACUUUAAUGAAAUGGUGUCCAAUGUUGGGGCAGGGAUCAUCAUCAUUCCCUUAAUCUCCAUCCUGGAAAGCAUUGCCAUUGCCAGUGCCUUUGCUGGAGGCAAGACCAUAGAUGCUACACAGGAAAUGUAUGCACUUGGCAUGUGUAAUAUUCUUGGGGCAUUUGUGCAAUCCAUUCCGGUGACUGGCUCUUUCUCUCGGACUGCUGUCAAUUCCACCAGUGGUGUCAAAACACCAGCUGGAGGAAUAGUGACAGGUUUGCUGGUAGUGUUGGCACUAGCCUUCUUGACUCCUUAUUUCAAAUACAUUCCCAAAGCUACACUAUCAGCUGUGAUUAUCUGUGCUGUGAUAUUUAUGGUGGAAUAUGAGACUGUGCGGCCUAUCUGGAAGGCACGGCAACUGGAUCAGCUUCCUCUCUGGGGUACUUUCUUCACUUGCCUAUUCUGGAAGCUUGAAUAUGGGAUUCUUGUUGGUGUUGGCAUCAACCUGGCCAUCCUUCUUUAUGGUAUUGCUCGGCCAAAGGUCAAUAUUUCCACUGUGCUCAGGAAGGACGAAAGUGGCCCUCAUUAUGUAUUAGUGGAGCCAAGGAGUGGUCUGUUCUUCCCUUCUGUUGAUCACAUACGAGGCCAAGUGACAAAGGCAGGUGUGGGUCAAGGAGAAAGCAGUGUGAUGGUGGUGGUGGACUGCAAACACUUCACAGGAGUAGAUUACACAGCUACAAAGGGAAUGAAGAACUUGUGCCAAGAUUUUGAGAGGCGACACCAACCUCUUGUGUUCACCAAUGUGACGCCUGGAGUGGAAAGAGGUCUCUGCUCUCUCAUUGACAACAUCGUCAUUGCUCACUCUUCAGAACAGAUUGAUGCUGCCUACAAAAGCUCAGUGGCUUCCUCUGCAGCCAAUGGUAAAGUUGAGCCCAGUAAUGAUCACCUCUUCAGGUUUAGCCAAGGUUCAAAUUCUACGGUGGAAAAUGGUAGAGUAGAUUGACGGUUAUAGAAUAUUGACAAGCAUUGAGUGCUCUGCGUGAGAGCCUUGGCAACAUCACUCGGCACCCUGGUGGAGCGGCACCUCCACCUGGUGCUGGUGGAAAGAGAAACACAGUAUUAAAUGGUACUGUUAACAGGCUUAAGACAAUUCCAGUUUUAGUGGAAUGGUGUGCAAAGAACUUGUUAGUGAUUCAUAUCGAAUCAUUUAGAAAUACGUAAUAUUAAAUCUUCUUUUUAAGCCUCAAGGUGCAAUGUCUUUGACAUAAUAACAAGAGGCAAGGAAGGAAAAUGGGACUUAUAGAAUGAUUGCUCUCUAUUUUUAUUUACUUGUAUGUAUUUUUAUGGAAAAUGGACAUUUGUUGAUAGUGUAGUUAAUUUCUUAUGUAAAUACUGUGAUAUAGAUAUGUGUAUGAAAGUGAUCCAGGAUGUAGAAUGAAGUCAAAAGUUCUGGAUUUGUAUGUAGUGUGAGCAGUGAUUGAAAGGAAUAAGCAGGUAUAUGAGAAGCUUGGUGAAGAAAAUAAUAUCAGAUAUAAAUCAGAUGGCCUGGGUAUCAAACAUAUAGUGAGAGUGAGAUUGUGGGAAGGAUGUACUCAAAAUAGAAUACAAGUUAUAGAUUUAAGAAUAUAACUGACUGGAAAUAGAUGAGAAGAAGGGAAAGAAAUACAUCAGAAUGAAGUUACAGUACAUUAAUAGCCACAUGCUUGAGGGAGCUUUAGCUGGCAGGCAUCAAGGUGCACAUCUAAUUUCAGUUGGUAGUAAAGUAGUAUUAAGAUUUUGUGAAGUGCACUUUCUUCCAUAUACAAUGCAGUACAUUGAGCAUUAGACCUCUCUCCCCUAGAGGCCUAGGGGUUAAGAUUUGAGGGAAUGCUUGCAAAUGUGAAUUUAUGCAUGCAGGCACCAUGUCUCAGCUGCCUCUGCUAUAAGUGAGGCAUCAGAUUUUCUAAGUUUUAAAUUUCAAGAAUGUCUCUUGGCAGACACUUCAUCACAAUAUAUGGAGUUUAGUCCUCUUUGUGGGGCUUGGUGCACAAUCUGAUACACAACAAAUAAAAGAUUUGUCUACUGUCUUUUCACACAAACAUUGAUGGAAAGUGACAUCUAUCUUCUGCAGAGAUAUAUGCAUAUCAGGAGAGAUAAGAAAGAAACAUGUAGAGGGAAGAAAAACUACAGAAUUAUUAGGGCAUAUGAUAAAAUGGAGAUAGAGUGCAAAAUGUCAAAAUGUGUUGGAAUACCAUAAAAGUUUGUGAGCACACCUGCAUAUGAAGGGAAGCUGAGGAUCCAAAUAAUAUUAAUAAGUUAUCAUUUGAAAAGUUCAUGUGGUUGGAGAGAAAGGAUGGCAAAACAAUGAAGGUAUAGGAAGAGGAAAGUCAAGGGCAACAAACAUUUAGCUGGAUUUGGGUGGCUGUCUUGUUCCAGUCAAUAAAAAGAAGUUAUGCACACUGAGAGUCUUCUUGGGCCUUCAAUUCUUAACUGCUCUCUCUCUCUCUCUCUCUCUCUCUCUCUCUCUCUCUCUCUCUCUCUCUCUCUCUCUCUCUCUCUCUCUCUCUCUCUCUCUCUCUCUCUCUCUCUCUCUCUCUCUCUCUCUCUCUCUCUCUAGGUAAAUUUAGGUAAAUUUCUCAGCGUUAGAAAAGACAAGAUGUUAUCAAUUUUUUUUUUUAUAGAAUUUUAUAGCCUGUAGGGAGAGGCAAUUAAUUAUGGAAUGGUGCAGAUGGCACCUCUAGAUGGCUAGCCCAUCUAGAGAAAUUGGAUGAGAGCAAAAAUACAGAAAGGAUAUUCAUGAGCAAAUUAAAUGUUCAGUGCAAGAAAACAGUAUUAACAUGUGUAAUGGAGAGAUAGAUAUAGAGAGAGGGGAAGGGGUAAACAAGGAUGAAGUGCAUGAACUAACAGAUGCAUGUGAUGAUUUUUUUUGUCAUGGCCACUUGAAAGGAUUUCCAAUGACAAGCAUCAGGCAUUAGGGUAAACUAGAGUAGACUGAGGACUAAUCUGUGAAAUAUUAAAAAAAAACAUUGUUAUUGUGUAUUUAUGAAAACAAAGCUGAGUGUUCCAAAUAGCAUUGUUCCUAGUCCUCAUCAUACCUUCAUGUUCCUUUAGUUGUAAUCCUUCAUAUAUCCAGAUGGUUCAUUGUUGGCAAAGGAAUGGUGAUGAGCAUCCAUGUCAAACACUUGGGAUCAGAAGUUAAGGAACAUGCUGCACUCUCUCCAUUGUUUUGUGUGUAUCCUCAGGCUUAAUUCCUCUGGAACCUUAAAGAGGAUUUAAGGUUAAGAAGGAAAAUGUUUAGUAGAGUGAAGUGACAGCAACAGGUUAAUUGACUUUUGAUUUUGAUGUGACUGGAAUCUUAGUAUAACUAUGGCUCAAGCAAACAAACAUCAUAACACUUGUCUUUGUCGGGAAUUUGCUUAGAUGAAGUAAAAUAUUUCCAUGCACUGGGAACUCAUGCUGUUUUUGGAAUACUUAUUUCUAAAAUGCAUCUUAGGUAUGUGGUGAAAAUUUAUUUGCACAUAUAUGAUAGAGAUUGAUGUUUUCUUUUAUGUUUCUGAUAAUUGUGUUACUUCAAAUGAUUUUGUAGUAAUUGUGUCACAAAAGCAAGUAGAAAUAGGUAACUUCACUUCAUAUGUACUAUUUUUCUUCAUCCUUUAACUUUUAAAAUGAAUAGAAUCAAGAGUGGAAUAGAUAACUUUAGAAACUAAUUUUGUUGCUAUUUGAAUUGUUUAGUUUAGAUUAUUAUUGUGUGGCUUUGUAAGUAUGGAAUAGGUGGUUAUGGAGGACACAAUAGUAUUCCAAAAUGGCGUGCUUCACCUUGCCAAGUUGUCUUGAUCAGCAUUUAAUUUUCAUUUUGAAUUUGUUUUGCAGUCUGCCAGCAUUUGCACCUGCUUAAUAGGUAUGCAGUAAGUUCAAAGCACUGUUAAACAUCCAUUUUAAGGCUUUAUAGGUUAAAAAAAAAACUAAUAAUUGAUGUGAUUUUGCAUCUACCUCAACAUAUGCCUGGGAGUUUAAUUCCUAUUGUUAUGUGUACCUAUACCUGUUUCCAAGGACUCUCUUCAAGAGAUGACCAAAUUAGAAGUCUUCAUUAGUUCACACCCUUGCAUUCUCUCCUUGCAUGUUCUAAUCCUCCUCUUCUCAUUUCUCUUCUCUUCUUCUCAUGUGAUGUAGCAUUCUUUACUCCUGUUUUAUUGGGGACAUAUAUUAUGUGUUGUAUAGUUACACUUCAUGGACUUUGCAAAUAAAAUGUAAACAAACUUUGCUUUAGCAGCUUCCU